AAAGUCCGGAAGUGAAAUGACAUCAGCUUGUUUGCUGCUGCUGGAAGCUAAUUGCAGAAAGCUCCGGUAAAAUCAAGCUGCUCCGCUUUGAAUGUUUCAGUUUCAGGUCCGUGAAAUAUGCCUUUGGUCCCUGCGAACCAGGCCCAGUUGAUCCGGUCCAGUCAGAAGGAUGAGUUCUACCGAACCGUCCUGAGGAACAGCGCUAAUGAAGCCUGUCACACUGUCGCAGGAUCCAAACGGUGGCUGGACUGGAGGAGGGAGAUAGAGCUGCUGUCAGAUUUGGCCUACUAUGGAUUAACGACCCUCUCAGGUUAUCAGACUCUGGGAGAGGAGUACGUGGGUAUCGUCCAGGUGGACCCCUCCAAACGACGGAUCCCCUCGCGGGGCCGGCGCUGCCUGUUUGUGCUCUGCCAUGCCGUCAUUCCGUACCUCCUACAGAAAGCCCUGGUGUGUCUGGAGAACGAGCUGGAAGGCAGGCAGGAGAUGCGCGGCGGUGUUGGCGGCAGGCGCCAUGCAGCAUCGGGAUGGUGGAGCCUGGAGCGUUGGCUCAGGGCAGGAGUGCGGCGGGCGGUGGGGCUGCUGACGGAGCAGCAGAGGAGAGCGUGCCAGCCGGCCGUGUACGGGAUCCAGCAGAGCGUUGCUCUGCUGCAUCGACUCCACGUGGCUCUGUUUUACAUCAGAAGCUCCUUUUAUCACGUGUCUAAGAGAGCAGCUGGAAUCAGCUACCUGCGUGUGAUGGAGCCAAAAGGAGAUGACUCCAGCAUCAGGAGGAGCUACAGGCUGCUGGGAACCGUAUCCUUCCUCCAGCUGCUCAUCACUGUCAGUCUACAGCUCAACAGCUUCAGACAACGACAGAGAGCCAGACAGGAGUGGAAGAUCCACCGAAACCUCAGUCCUCAGCAAACAGCACAGAGCUCCAGCCCUCUAGCUGCCCGCUGCAUCCUCUGCUUGGAAGCCCGUAGAAACUCUACUGCCACCCCCUGUGGGCAUCUGUUCUGCUGGGAGUGCAUCACAGAGUGGUGCAACACUAAGGCUGAGUGUCCUUUAUGUCGGGAAAAGUUUCUGCCUCACAGACUGGUGUUCCUCAGGAACUACAGCUAGAACUUCAGCUUCAGCUACAAAUACAAC